AUGUUGGGUUUCCACAGGAGGACGCGGUCACUGAUCCCAGUCAAGGAUCUGGGCAAAUAUGAUAAGGUGUCUAUCGUAGAAGAGGAGGAACAAGAAGUCGAGGAAGAGAUGGAGAGUCAAGAUGUACCGGAUAGUGCGGAUAAGUCGCAAAGAGGGCAACUGGUGCUGGUUUACCUCGUCUUCUUCGCCGAAGCCAUUAUGGCCUCGAGCCUACAGCCACAACUCCAAAUGCUUCUCUCGUCCUCAGACUUUUGUGGCACCCUAUCUUCAUCCUAUCUCCGAAGCAUACUCGACUGCGCAUACGCAUUCGGCGGAACCACAGGCCUCUUCUGGGGCUACCUCGCGGAUCGCAUGGGCAGACGGCGUGUAACGCUCAUCGGACUCUGGAGCAUGUUUGUCUGCUGCCUAUGCAUGGGAUUUGCGACCACACUUGUUAGCUGUACCAUUUUCCGAUUUAUUGCAGGCAUGGUCAGCUCGGCUAUUGUAUCCACAACCCUGACGAUGCUCGGAGAUUUGAGCCUAACGGCAGAGGAACGCGCAAAGAACGUUGCUCGCCUACCCGUUAUUUCCCUCGGCGGCUCCAUGGGUCCAAUUAUGCAACUCAUGGUCUCUGAAAGUCUGCAAGCAUACAACAUGGUAUGGCAAAACUACCCCACCCUGGGCUCGGAGCUAGCUUGCGGAAUCGUUGUGUUCAUCAUCGCACUCGUGGCAAGCAUUUUCCUCAAGGAGACACUACCCAACUACAACGAGCGUACAGCAGACGCUGCAGACAUCGACUGUGAGAGGGCAGCUUUCCUCCGCCGCGACUCGCACGACACAAAUGUAACGCUCGUGGACUUUGCCCGCCCAGAACCCAUCACCAUCAGCCAGUUCCUCCAGGCCCCCUCCCUCAUGGUCCUCCUCUCCUCCUUCUGCCUCCUCUCCCUGCACGCCUCAACCUUCGACGUGGUCCUCCCGCACCUCGGCCACAGCAGCACCGCAUCCGGCGGCAUGGGCCUCCCCUGCGAAUGGCUCAACAUCAUCGUGCUCGGCGUCCGCGGCCUCGCAGCCGCCGUCGUCUUCUACGCCGUCCCCUGCGCAACCUCCAAGCACGGCCUCGUCAAGCUCUACCGCUCCCUCUCCGCCCUCCUCCCAGCAACAUACAUCCUCACCCCUUUCCUCGCCGCCAUCGUCACAUGCUCAGGCUUCGGCCCCAUCAUCUCCACCUUCUCCAUCUUCGCCAAACACCUCCUCACCGACGCCGCCGUAGUCGUCGUAUCCCUCCUCGUCCUCAACACCACCCCAGAUGCCUUCUCCGCGGGCACCGUCGUCGGCAUGAUGCAAAUCGCAAGUCUCUUCAAAGCCUUCGCCGUCGCCGUCAGCGGCACCACGUAUUACUUUAGCGACGACGUCAGCGUAGAUACUACCAACCUUGCUCUCUGGACCUGCCUCGCCCUCUUUGGUAUCGCCGGCGCAGGACUCGCGUGGUUCGUGCGUGAGCGCCCAAGCGUAGAGAAGGACUUCCCUAGCGAAGUCCUCUGCUGGGAGACGUGCUUCGAUGCUGAUGCUGAGAAGCAAUUUGAGCUUGAGAAUACAGAUGUCGAGUCGGACGGAGAGAGUGUAUAG